AACUGGGUGUAAGAAAAGAAGCCAAAGAUAAAGUAAAAUGGAAAGUGAGAAUAUGAUAAUUCCAUGCUUUGAUUUCUGCAAGGGUGGGAUGAGAUUGGAAGAAGGGAGUGAGGAGUGGAAAGAAAUGAGCAAGAAGGUGAAAGAAGCGUGUGAGAAUUACGGUUGCUUCCUCUUAAGGUGUGACGAGAUCCUCCCCAAGAGUGUUUGUGAAGAAAUGUUUCAUCACAUGAAAGCUUUGUUUGAUUUGCCUGAAGAAACGAAACACCAAUAUGUAACUCUAAGGCCUUAUAGGAACUACACUGGCAAGAACCCUUUCAUUCCCCUCACUGAAAGCUUUGGCAUCGAUGAUACUACUCUCUCUGAUAAGGCUGAAGCCUUCACUAAUCUCAUGUGGCCACAAGGAAACCCACCUUUCUGUGAGACACUAAACACCGUGAGCUUAAAGAUGCUAGAACUAUGUUUCCUUGUCUUGAAAAUGAUUGUGGAAGGUUAUGGUCUUCCCCAACAUUACAUUUCAGAUGCCGAAAACAUGAAAAGCUCGAGCUUUACACGAUUGGGGAAAUACAAAGUUUCUGAAAGCAAUAAUGAAUACGAAACUGUUCUUCCAGCUCACACCGACAGUAGUACUUUAACCAUUUUAUGCCAAAAAGAUGUUCAAGGACUUGAGGUGUUAAACAAAACAGACAAAUGGAUUGAAAUGGAGAUACCACGUGAUGGCUUUGUAGUCAUUAUUGGUGAUGUACUAAAGGCCUGGAGCAAUGGGAGACUUCAUCCAGUCACACACAGAGUGGUGUUGAGAGGAGUGAAAGAGAGAUACACAUUUGGACUUUUUGCAAACGCAAAGGAAGAGAUCAAAAUUGAGGUUCCCGAUGAGUUGGUGGAUAGCAUUCAUCCCUUACGUUAUCGUCCAUUCACUUAUGGAGAAUUCUUCAACAGCUAUGUUGCAAAUCCCAUGGAGGCUCUUCAAUUUGCAUCUAUUUGA